AAGAUAAUUCAGGCUUCACAAUAUUACAGUUGGGCCUUUGUGAUUCCAGGCUUAGAGUACCCAAAAAGGGAUGAAAAAGAAACAGCAUGGAUUAAUUUAACAGCUCUCAGUUUCUUCACGUUUAUACGCACUACUUGAUUGAGAGAAAGAAAGGAUGGGGGUGCAGAUUCUGGGGCUAUGGUCACCCAAUUAUACAGUAUGCGUUCACCUACCUGAAACCAGAAGCAGCAACAGAGUUCACUCUGUAACAAGUGCACAACUCUCAACUACUGCUUCUCUCUCCUCCCAACCUCCCACUAUUCAGGUUGUUAAUAUUGGUGGAAAGACUCCAACUUUGUACGGAAAUGCUACCCUUGAUGAGACUGAUUGGGUUGGUCUUGAAACUGACCUAUAUUAUUGGACAAAGCCACUGCGUCCUGUUCAGUGGUAUCCUGGUCAUAUUGCCAAAACUGAAAAAGAACUUAAAGAACAACUCAAGUUAAUGGAUGUUGUGAUAGAAGUGCGAGAUGCUAGAAUUCCUUUAUCCACAACUCAUCCCCAGAUGGACUCAUGGCUUGGAAAUAGGAAAAGAAUUUUGGUGUUGAAUAGAGAAGAUAUGAUAUCCAAGGCAGACAGGAAUGCUUGGGCAAAUUAUUUUGCAACUCAGGGAAUCAAGGCUGUCUUUGCCAAUGGGCAAUUUGGAAUGGGUACUGUGAAGCUCAGCAGGUUAGCAAAGGCAUUAGCUGCAAGUGUAAAUGUCAAACGCAGAGCCAAGGGACUCCUUCCUCGUCCAGUUCGAGCUGGAGUAGUUGGGUAUCCAAAUGUUGGGAAAUCAUCAUUGAUCAAUCGGUUGCUCAAGCGCCGGAUGUGCGAAGCAGCUUCCAGACCUGGAGUUACAAGAGAAUUGAAAUGGGUUCGAUUCGGGAAUGAACUUGAGUUGCUAGACUCUCCUGGCAUGCUCCCAAUGCGGAUUAAUGAUCAAUCAGCUGCAAUUAAGCUUGCCAUCUGCGAUGACAUUGGAGAGAGAUCCUAUGAUGUGGCUGAUGUGGCAGCAAUACUUGUACAGAUGUUGACAAGGAUUCCAUCAGUAGGUCUAGAAGCUCUUCAUAGGCGCUACAAAAUUGAUGUAGAUGGGUAUAAUGGUAGAAUAUUUAUUCAGAAGCUUGCAAUUCAGUUGUUCAAUGGGGACACACAUCAAGCAGCUUUCCGUAUCUUGACUGAUUUUCGGAAGGGAAAGUUUGGUUGGGUGGCACUGGAGAGGCCCCCGAGGUAAUUCUGUUAGUAUUUUUGAAUUGAAUGACCAUUUCCUAAAGCAGCCAGCUAUUCCAUGAACUGGUAGUGCCAAGUGGUGCACUAGCAGAAUUUCGUGGAUGUAUUUCUUGGUAUCUUAGGGUGCUACAGCCUAUAGGAGGAGACACAAAGCUUCUGCUUAUCGUAAAACCUGUGAAGGAAUUAUAGCAGGUGCGUACAUACUAGGAGCUUUGCAUCUUGAGUUGGUAGAUAUACAGGUCAUCUGUUUCUCAGGUUGUGAAGUUGUCAUCUCCAGGGAAGUUGCUGCAGAAUCUGUAACAAUAUCUGUAUCUAUAUAGUAUAGCAACUGGUUGUAAAAUAUACCCCUAUUGAAAAGGCUGCGUAGGCCUCAUAUCAAACUGAAACAUAUCAUUUUUCAGCUUUUAACAUCAAAUGAAGCACCAAUGAUUUUAAUGUGGCCACAUUCCACAGGUGCUAA